ACCCAUUCCGUCUAGUUUUAAUCACGAAACCAAAGCAUAGCGCACAGCAAUAGCAGCAGCAGCAGUAGUAGCAAGCAACAGAGAGGCCUGUUCGAUCAUGGCCAUCCUCAAGGCUUUGCUCUUCGCCGUUCUCGGCUGCGCCUUCUUCUGCAGCGCCGUCUUUGCGGCUCGCGAAUUGAGCAAUGACUCAGCCAUGGUGGCCAGGCAUGAGCAGUGGAUGACCCAGUAUGGCCGCGUUUACAAGGAUGCCGCCGAGAAGGCACAGCGGUUCGAGGUGUUCAAGGCCAACAUCAAGUUCAUUGAGUCAUUCAACGCAGCCCGCAACCGCAAGUUCUGGCUCGGCGUGAACCAGUUCGCCGACCUCACCAACGACGAGUUCAGGGCAACCAAGACCCACAAGGGGUUUAGGCCGAGCACGGCGAGGUUUCCCACCGGGUUUAGGUAUGAGAAUGUUAGCAUCUAUGCGCUUCCGGCAACUGUUGACUGGAAGACCAAGGGCGCUGUUACUCCUAUCAAGGAUCAAGGCCAAUGUGGGUGUUGCUGGGCGUUCUCAGCUGUGGCUGCCAUGGAGGGUAUCGUCAAGCUCAGCACCGGCAAGCUCAUUUCGCUCUCGGAGCAAGAGUUGGUGGAUUGUGAUGUUCAUGGUGAGGACCAGGGCUGCGAGGGUGGUUUGAUGGAUGACGCCUUCAAAUUCAUCAUCAAGAACAGCGGCUUAACCACGGAGUCCAGCUACCCUUACACGGCAGCAGAUGGCAAGUGCAAGAGUGGAUCCAACAGUGCCGCAACCAUCAAGAGCUACGAGGACGUGCCGGCCAACGAUGAGGCUGCCCUCAUGAAGGCGGUGGCCAAGCAGCCUGUGUCGGUGGCAGUGGAUGGAGGAGACAUGACAUUUCAGUUCUACUCUGGCGGUGUGAUGACUGGCUCAUGCGGCACUGACUUGGACCAUGGGAUUGCAGCCAUUGGUUAUGGACAGACAAGUGAUGGCACAAAAUAUUGGCUGAUGAAGAACUCAUGGGGCACAACAUGGGGUGAAAACGGUUACUUGAGAAUGGAGAAGGACAUUUCGGACAAGAAGGGCAUGUGUGGCCUCGCCAUGGAGCCUUCCUACCCAAUCGAGUAG